AUGGUGAACGCUUCUAUUGCUCGUAACAUUGUUGGAAUCAUAGGGAAUGUUAUCUCCUUCGGAUUGUUCUUCUCGCCAGCUCCGACUUUCUAUAAAAUUAUAAAGAAGAAAGAUGUGGAGGAGUUCAAGCCUGAUCCAUACAUAGCAACUGUGUUGAGUUGUGCGUUUUGGGUGUUCUAUGGAUUACCUUUUGUGCAUCCAAACAGUCUUUUGCUUGUUACCGUCAAUGGUGUUGGGCUUGUUUUCGAGUUUGUCUAUCUCACCCUAUUUUAUAUCUAUUCCAACAUCAAAGGAAGGAAGAAGUUGCUUCUUUAUCUUCUCAUUGUGAUUAUUUUCUUUGUUAUCAUUGUUCUUAUAACAAUGUUGGCACUACAUGGCACUACCACUCGAUCCUUGGUGGUUGGUAUUAUUUGUGAUAUCUUUAAUAUAAUGAUGUAUGUCUCUCCUCUUACCGUCAUGGCAAAGGUUAUCAAAACUAAGAGUGUUGAGUACAUGCCAUUUUGGCUCUCUUUGGCUAACUUCCUUAAUGGAUUGAGCUGGGCAUCAUAUGCUCUCAUUCACCCUCUUGACAUUUAUGUUCUGAUCAGCAAUGGAAUUGGAGUAAUUUCUGGACUUAUUCAGCUUCUGUUAUAUGCUUAUUUCUGGUGCAAGGGUGGAAAGAAAAUUGAUGAGGGUGAUCAUGUUCCAAAACCAACUAUAGAUGCAGUUUGA